AUGGGUAGACUGGGCUGUAUUGUCCAUGGCUUACCACUUCCCUACCAGCUGCUACAUGUGCUUACCCCAGACAAGGAGCAGAACUUUAAAACGUGUGCUGAGCUGAUUCGGGAGGCUGCCAGACUGGGCGCUUGCCUGGCUUUCCUGCCUGAGGCAUUUGACUUCAUCGCACGGGACCCUGCAGAGACACGACGCCUGUCUGAGCCACUGGGUGGGAACCUUUUGGAAGAAUAUACCCAGCUUGCCAGGGAAUGUGGACUCUGGCUGUCCUUGGGUGGUUUCCAUGAGCGUGGCCAGGACUGGGAGCAGACUCAGAAAAUCUACAACUGUCAUGUGAUUCUGAACAACAUGGGGUCAGUAGUGGCCACCUACAGGAAGACGCAUCUGUGUGAUGUAGAGAUUCCAGGACAGGGGCCUAUGCGUGAAAGCAACUCUACCAUACCUGGGCCCAGUCUUGAGUCUCCUAUCAGCACACCAGCAGGCAAGAUUGGUCUAGCUGUCUGCUAUGACAUGCGGUUCCCUGAACUCUCUCUGGCAUUGGUUCAGGCUGGAGCAGAAAUACUUACCUACCCUUCGGCUUUUGGAUCUGUCACAGGCCCAGCCCAUUGGGAGGUGCUAUUGCGGGCCCGUGCCAUUGAAACCCAGUGCUAUGUGGUGGCGGCAGCACAGUGUGGACGCCACCAUGAGAAGAGAGCAAGUUAUGGCCACAGCAUGGUGGUAGAUCCCUGGGGAACAGUGGUGGCCCGCUGCUCUGAAGGACCAGGCCUUUGCCUUGCCCGAAUUGACCUCAACUAUCUGCAGCAGUUGCGCAAACAACUGCCUGUGUUCCAGCACCGCAGGCCUGACCUCUACGGCAAUCUGGGUCACCCACUGUCUUGACUUUUGACUUCUGUCCACUGAGACCUCCAUUGUGAGCUGGUGGUGUGACUUGUAGGCAGGACCCAGGCGCAGCUCCCCUCACUUGGAGAACCUUGUCUCUUGAUGGAACACAGGCUCAGCUUCUUGGAAAAGAAGAAACUUUCACCUGAGCUCAGAUUUCAGUUUCAGAAAGGUGGAAUUUAAUAUAGUCACUGUUUAUUUCAUGAAAACUGAAGUUAUGCUGAGGGCUGAGCAGCACUGGCAUUGAAAAAAUAUAAUAAUCAUAAAGUC